CACCAGAAAGCAUCGCAGUUACCAUCGAGAUCCGCCAUCACCAGUAGCCACGCAAGCAUCCUAUCUCAGCAUGCCCUCGCGCAGUCCCACUAUCAUCGCCAUCAGCAGCAUGUGUAUCAGCAUCAUCAGUCGCAACAGCAAACGAUUCAGCAGCAGCACCACCAGCAGCAACAACAGUAUCAGAUCUCCAGCGAUACCGUCGCAUCUAACCAUUUGGCUCACUCGGCAGCUGCGGCGGCUCAGUAUUUCUACAACCGCGAUGCUGCGGCCAGCAGCUUCCACCACCACUAUAAUCGUGCCUGCUCCAGCACAUCUAUCGUGGGAUCCGGAACAGCUGGUUUGGGGGCUUCCGGUAGCUUCCCUGGUGGUGCUGCUUUCAAGGCUCUUCCAUCGGCCACACAGCUGUCUUACUUUGAAGAGUCCUAUCAUCACUUUCAGCAGCAGCAGCAGCAGCAGCAGCAUCAACAUCAACAACAGCAUCAGCAGCAACAACAACAGCAUCAGCAGCAGCAACAACAGCAGCGCAGCAAGUACGAUGAUAACUUGGCACUCUUCGGAAGGAACAAUUUCGUCAACAUUUUCUAACGUGACACUACCGAAUACGCGGUCAUUUGGAAUGCUGCAAAAUGCAUAAUCUAUCUAGUCAAGGGCAGGCAGGGCAGCUUAGAGGUCGAUCGGUCGGUCGGCACGGUUAACCGGAACUGAUCAAAAUUGUAUUUUAACUAAGCCACCUAUGGUAGCGACAAUGGUUACUAGGCAAACAUGCAACGGCGGCUAUCAAGUAGCCGUUGGAAGGGGUAAAUGUUCUUGGACCGUGUCGUUUGAAGAAUCUCAUCUACAACCAUUACUGUUAUCGUUUACUGUGCACUGGAAAGGUACGAGCGGAGACAGCUAAGCACCUACACUAGAUGUGCUAUCACCUAAACGCGGCCUUCCGGCUCGAUUACAAAAAGGAACUUUAUGAUGCUACAAACGUGACAAGUACUCCGGUAACAGGCUCUCUUCUUGUUGAAGGGAGGAGGGAGCUGGGAGGAAUUGUCCAAACAAAGAUUACUCUAGAGUAGACGUUAAAUCAAUAAAAUUAUGUACAAAAAUCUACUACCAUUGCGGUGUGGUGUUUUGUUGCAAACGAUUUCACUUAAAUUUAUUUCAAAAAUACGACAUUGCAAACCAUAAUGACACUCUCUUAAUCACCUGCUUCAGAUCGACUUUUCUCGAAUGUGGACUUAGACUCUAUUUAUGAUAUCAAAAGAAGGAGAAACUCAUGCAAACAUACUUUUUGAUUCAUCUGACGUGCAUUGCACGUUAAAUUUGACACCCGAGCACUUUGCUCGUCUUCAUAAACUCUUUUCCAGGGACUCGUCCCAAACACCGCGCUGGUAUCUUUUUGGUGCCUGGAAGCAACGCUGUAGCAAAUGUGGAUCGUCAGAUUAACUAAUCGUAACAUAGGUAUUUGAAAAACAUCAUAUUUACACCAUCGAGAAGGGUAAGGAAACAAUGGGAGUACGUAGAUAAAAAAAUCAAUUACGUUUCCCCAACGCGCCCAAAAUUCCACCUUUUCUUUGUAAUCUUGAAUGAGAUGCAUGCGCGCAGUAAAUUUUGGUUGAUUAAAUGAUUACUUGAAUGAAAUUGUUGAUCGAAAAAUCAAUUAUUGUUUUUAAAAAUUUAGAUUGAAAGAAUAAAAAAAAUGAUAAAAAAACGCAUCCUUCCUUAACCCUUAUAGGUUAAAAGUGUCGUAGAAAAAAGAUAAGGCAA